AAUGGGGGGAAAAACGGCCGCCCUCCAGUUCCGCGCGCUGCCGCCCCAGGAGCGAAUGAAUAAGGCGGCGCAGACCCGGGUGUCCGAUCCACGCGCGCUCCGCACCCGGGCCCUCUCCAAGUUGGAAAGGACAAAAAGGAGGCAAUAAAUGCUAACGAGGGAGAGAAAGGGAGCCGGAUCGGGCGGCAACUCCCAGCCGCGGCUGGAAGCGAGAGGGAGGGAGCCGGAGAGAGCGAGCGAGCGCGCGCGAGGGCGAGCCAUGCACAUGAUCUAUCUGGUGGCGAAGGCGGCCGUCGGGCUGGUGCUGCCCGCCAAGCUGCGGGACCUGUCUCGGGAGAACGUGCUCAUCACCGGCGGCGGCAGAGGCAUCGGGCGCCAGCUCGCUCGCGAGUUCGCAGAACGCGGCGCCAGGAAGAUCGUCCUCUGGGGCCGCACUGAGAAGUGCCUGAAGGAGACGACGGAGGAGAUCCGGCAGAUGGGCACCGAGUGCCACUACUUCAUCUGUGACGUGGGCAACCGGGAGGAGGUGUACCAGACGGCCAAGGCGGUGAGGGAGAAGGUGGGUGACAUCACCAUCCUGGUGAACAACGCCGCCGUGGUCCACGGGAAGAGCCUGAUGGACAGCGACGACGACGCGCUCCUCAAGUCGCAGCACAUCAACACGCUGGGCCAGUUCUGGACCACCAAGGCCUUCCUGCCGCGCAUGCUGGAGCUGCAGAACGGCCACAUCGUGUGCCUCAACUCGGUGCUGGCGCUGUCCGCCAUCCCCGGCGCCAUCGACUACUGCACCUCCAAGGCCUCGGCCUUCGCCUUCAUGGAGAGCCUGACCCUGGGGCUGCUGGACUGCCCGGGCGUCAGCGCCACCACCGUGCUGCCCUUCCACACCAGCACCGAGAUGUUCCAGGGCAUGAGGGUCAGGUUCCCCAACCUCUUCCCCCCGCUGAAGCCGGAGACGGUGGCCCGGAGGACGGUGGAGGCCGUGCAGCUCAACCAGGCGCUCCUCCUGCUCCCGUGGACGAUGCACGCCCUCAUUAUCUUGAAAAGCAUACUCCCACAGGCCGCGCUGGAGGAGAUCCACAGAUUCUCAGGAACCUACACCUGCAUGAACACUUUCAAAGGGCGGACAUAGAGGCAGGACGGAGACAUGCUCGAAAGCCACGGAGCCUGCUGGGGCCAUGGCACCUGGACACACUUCUGCUGGGUGGGCAGGCCUGUCCUCUCCCUGGGAAGAAUCCGGUGCCCCCCGCCAGCCCCAGGACCUUUGCACAGGACUGACGGGCAUAACUCUGGCCCCCAGGGGGAGGCAAGAAACCAGCCAGCAGCCGCCUUGACACUUUUGUACAUUUCUGAUUCUGUAGAGUUUAUUGUUAAAUUGCUUCUCAAAGCUAACCAGCCUCAGCAGUUGUGCAAAGACUAUUUCUGGGAGGGUCUGUGCCCAGAUGAUCCUCCUUCCCCUCCAAAACCCACUCAUCCUCAGCUUCUGCAAACUGGUUGAACGGCAGGAAUGAAAAAUAAAGAGAGAAGGCUU